GUGGCAAUAAACACCAUGUAUAGGCCCAUAUUGGUGAAUGGGCUUGGUUGGUGUUGGCGUGCGUCUUUUCUCUCUCUCGAUCUAUCUUCCCACGCGAUCUGUGAUUGUCACGAAACAACAGAGAUGAUGUAUUCGCGGUUUAGAACCGUCGCCGGAAAUCUCAAAUGCACCGCGAAACGUUUCUCUUCAUCUUCCACCACCACAACAACAACCUCAGCCCCGUCUGAAUUACAGCAGAAUCUGGCAGCGCUGCGGGCUCGUCUGGCGACGGAGUCGCCAUCUCUAUCGGACUUCAUUUCCUUGAAAUCAGACAACGCCUACUCCGUCGAGGUUGGUACAAAGAAGAAACCUCUUCCGAAACCGAAAUGGAUGAAGGAAUCAAUUCCGGGCGGUGAGAAGUACGUGCAGAUUAAGAAAAAGCUCCGUGAAUUGAAGCUUCAUACGGUCUGUGAGGAGGCAAAGUGCCCUAAUUUGGGAGAGUGUUGGUCAGGUGGUGAAACUGGAACUGCCACCGCUACUAUCAUGAUUCUCGGAGAUACUUGUACUCGAGGUUGCAGAUUUUGCAAUGUUAAGACAUCAAGGACUCCUCCACCACCUGACCCUGAUGAGCCCACCAAUGUGGCUGAGGCAAUUGCUUCGUGGGGUUUGGAUUAUGUGGUUAUAACUAGUGUUGACCGUGAUGAUUUACCUGAUCAAGGGAGUGGUCAUUUUACUGAAACUGUGCAGAAGCUCAAGGCACUGAAACCUAGCACACUGAUAGAAGCAUUAGUUCCCGAUUUUCGAGGAAAUGCUGAAUGUGUAGAGAAGGUUUCCAAAUCAGGACUAGAUGUCUUUGCGCAUAAUAUUGAGACAGUUGAAGAGCUUCAGAGUGCUGUUAGGGAUCACCGGGCUAAUUUUAAGCAGUCUAUGGAUGUUCUGAUGAUGGCCAAGAAGUAUGCCCCUGCGGGGACACUCACCAAGACUUCAAUAAUGUUAGGUUGUGGGGAAACACCUGACCAGAUUGUGAAGACGAUGGAGAAAGUGAGAGCCGCUGGUGUUGAUGUGAUGACAUUUGGUCAGUAUAUGAGACCCUCAAAGCGCCAUAUGCCAGUAUCAGAAUAUAUUACCCCUGAGGCCUUUGAGAAGUAUCAGACUCUUGGCAUGGAAAUGGGAUUUCGGUAUGUGGCAUCUGGACCCAUGGUAAGGUCAUCAUACAAGGCAGGUGAAUUCUAUAUUAAAUCCAUGAUUGACUCAGAUCGGGCUGCAUCUUCCUAAAAGCUGAUUACCUGUUGAUCCAUUAAUUUUUCUUCCAUUUUUGUUAUUUACACUCUACUCAUGUGCAUUAUGUAUAAGAGGUACAUGUUUGCUUCAUUCUGUUGAAGCCCAUACCAUGUGUAAUCUAUCAUUAAAAUGGUAUUAAACGGGCUCAUAAAUUCAUUUGGAAAAUGCAAAUCCUUAAGGUUAAUCUCUGCUCU